AUGGAGCAUGAGAAGGCUGAUGGGGACACAGUGCGGGACCACGGACAGAGGGCACAAUCUGAGCUUGGGGCUGGGAACAUUAUCACCUGGGUAGGAAGGAUCCUGGAACUGGGUGAAAUGCCACCUGGGGAGAGGUGGAGUAAUGCCAAAGCCAAGCCCACCAAUCACUGGCCUGCAGAAAACUCCUUGUCCACUGGCUCCUCGGGCAGCAGCUUUGGCAGUGGGUAUAGCGUGGACAGUGAAGGAAGCAGCAGCACUGCAGGGGACACUAAUCUAUUUCCUAUUCCAAGGAUAGGAAAGGUGGGGCAGAAUGGGCAAGAGCCUAUAAAACAGCCAGGAGUAGGCAUAGGACUAGCAGACACUGAAGUUAAAACUCAGGUAAUGGGAGAAAUCAAGAUUGCACUGAAGAAAGAAAUGAAGACAGAUGGGGAACAGCUCAUAGUUGGAAUCCUCCAAUGCAGACAUAUCACCUACAAAUUUAAAUCUCCUGAUCACUUACCAGAUUUAUAUGUGAAAAUAUAUGUGAUGAACAUUUCUACCCAAGAAAAAGUUGAUCAAGAAAAAAACAAGAGUAUGUAGACAUGAUCGAGUGCCUUAGUUCAAUGAAACUUUUAGAUUCAGCCUAACUCCUGCUGGACAUUCUCUUCAGAUUUUACAUUUUUCCAAUGGAGGGAAGUUUAUGAAAGAGACCUUGAUUGGCGAAGCC